UUUCUUAAAAAUUAUAUCCUUAUUUUAUUUCUUUCAUUUAAAUAAAAAUUUAAUAUCUAUAUAAAUCCAUUUCUCCUUCUUUGUUACAGUUCCUUCAUUUUUGUUGAAUGUCUGAUCAUCAUCUUCUUCUUCUCCCAAGAGUUUUUGCUUCUGUUUUUGCUGAUUAUGAUGACAAGAUAUGAGAGAGUAACUACAGAUUGUGUUCCAUCAAGCAAUGGUAAGAAACACAGCCACCUUGAAAAUGGUACUUUUGAAACUAAAUUCAAAUCAAGAUUUGAAGAUCACCAUCACCAUAGCAACCACCACAAUGAUCCAAGUUGCAGCCCUUCUCAUUCUGAUCAAAGAAACGACGCCAGUCCUAGUCGGAGCAGUCGCAGCGGCGGUGGCGGUGGUGGUGCUGUGAAUAGUGAUGUGUUCUUCCAAUGGGGUCAAAAGAAGAGAGCUAGGGUUUCAAGAUCAGAAAUUCGUGGUCUUGCUGAUGAAUCAUCUUCUUCAGCUCAAGCCAAGCAAGUUAUUAAGGUACCCAGAAGAGGUGAGAGUAAGCUCUCCACUCCUCCAAUGGCUCCUCCACCACCGCCGCCACCGCCGCCGCCGUCCAAUGGUGUUAGUAGAGGUGGUAAUUUUAGAAAAGAAAGCUCUUCUUCUCUUCCUCACAGGGUUUUAGAGAAGCGAUCUGGUUCCGGAAAUGUGUCCCCGUCGAGAAAUGGCGGUGGUAGUAGUAGCAGAGUUGUUUCUAGAUCUACUUCAGCAAAGAGAUCUCAUCCUUCUCCUGAAAAAAUUGAUAGGAAGGUACCGAAUUCGAAACCUCCCAAACACGAAAAGCCGAAUGGAUCCAUACCCGAUGCAGAUCACGCCAAUAAUACUGAUUCUACACCAGCACAAUCAGAACAAGCAGUUGCGUUGAGUACUUUUAAUAGCAACACAGCGUCGAUAGCAGCUCCUGCCGGAGGAGGAGGAGGAGGAGGAGAAAAAUGGCCGAGAAUUUAUGUUUCUUUGUCGAAAAAAGAGAAAGAAGACGAUUUCUUUGCAAUGAAAGGCACGAAAUUGCCGCAAAGACCCAAGAAAAGGGCGAAGAACGUUGACAAAACACUUCAGUAUUGUUUCCCAGGGAUGUGGCUAUCUGACUUGACAAAGAGUAGGUAUGAGGUUAGAGAGAAGAAAUGUGUGAAGAAGCCGAAGCGAAGGGGAUUGAAAGGAAUGGAAGGCCUGGAGAGCGAUUCAGAGUAAACGCAACUUAUCUGUACAUUUUAACAUGAAAAAGGGGAAUCCCUCGAUUCAUUCAUACUAGCUGAUGCUACGAAAAAUGCUUCUCCAUCCGCACUUUCGACGGAAUUUUGUUUUGCUGUGUGAUGAUGGAUGGGAUCAGUAGUAUCAAGUCUUGGAAUGGUAUUCUCAAGUGUGAUGAUCCAGUAGGCCAUGGCAUCAGAUGAUGUUUGCAGAGAGAAUAGCAGAAACAUUGGUUGGGGCAAUUCAGUUCAGUUCAGUUCAGCUACCCAAUUUAAUUGCUGAUGGGAAUCUGAACCAACCAGUUUUGCAGCAACCCAUUUUUUUUGUUUUUUUUGUUUAAUAUGCCUUUUUUGCAUUUACAAAGCUGCUCCUGCAGUUUGCUUACCAUCAAUGGCAAUUGUCAAAGCUGUUUCUCUCCUCUCCUUUUCAUUUCACAUAAUUUUGUGUGGAUCAAUGAGUAAUUAAAAUUAGGAUAAUUACUUUUUCCCACAA